AUGGGAGGACUGUACCAUGGAGAUGUAGCAAGGGGAGAUACUGGCAUGGGGGCGUAUGGCUUCAACACCAUGCGCGUGAAGCAAAAAGACUUCCUCCCCGUAAUAUGGUCCAUGAUAGGCUUCUCUUUCAUCUUCCUCCCCAUCCGCUACUGGACCCGCUGGCGCACCUUCGGCCGCUUCUUCGCAGACGACCUCUUCGCGCUACUCGCAUGGCUCUCCGCUGCCGCCAUGGGCGCUGUAGCUAUCUGGAUGGUCGACUCCAUGUACUGGACCAUGAAUCUCGCCUCCAGCCCCAUCGACCCCUCACUUUUUAACCCCUCCCUCCUCAACUACGUCCGCCGCUACUCUUACGGCACAAACAUCUGCUACAUGCUCAUGUACACGUCACUGUGGAGCGUGAAGCUCUCCUUCCUGCUAUUCUUUUACCGGCUCGGCCCGCGACUCAUCACCGGGAUCAAGUGGCACUGGUGGAGUGUCGCGGUGGUCACUAUGGCGGCGUACGCGGCGACUUUCGCGACCUACCCGUACAUGUGCAGUUUUGGGACGUAUGAGCAGAUCAUGACGCCGUACUGCACCGCCGAGCAGAGCAUGAGCUUUGUGAAUCUAAAGGUGAAUGUGGGGCUGGAUGUCGGGACUGAUGUGCUGAUCAUGACCAUCCCCCUCAACAUCCUCUGGCGCAGCCGCAUCCCCCGCGCCCAAUCCCUCGCCCUCGGCGGCGUCUUCUCCCUCGUCCUCGUCACCAUUACCAUCGCCAUCGUGCGCGCCGCGCUGUCCACCGUCGGCGUAACAAAGCAGAUGGACUCACCGUGGGUGCUCGUCUGGAGUGCCGCGGAAGCCAACAUCGCCAUCGUUGUCGCGUGCAUUGGGUCGUUUCGGAUGCUGUUUGUUGUUGCUAAUCGGAGGGAGGAGGGGAUGCGGCGUGGGGAGAUUGAUAUCAGGGGGUUGGGUUUGGGUGCGAGGAGAAGGAGGAUGGUGGUCAAAAGUACGACGGUAGAAGGGGGCCAGAGUGUUGAGGAGAUGGCGAGUGUUGGGGGGAGUGGCGCCGAGUGGGGGGAAAUGGGGGCGGUGGAGAGCACGGCUGGGAAUGUGUCCAUCGGAGGACUCCACAUACUCCUCCGAUUCGUUAUGGUCGCACAUGAAUAUCCCCUUGUAGUUCCUCUGCGCAUCAUCGCAGAUCUUUCCGGUGUUGGUGCCAUAGCACGUACCUGGCAAGCGCAAGCCCUCACGCUCCUCUUUACUACGCAGAGGAAUAUUGUGACAACCGGAUGGGCGAAACGUACCUUCUUCUCCUUGCUGCUGGGCAAGAACGGAUCUGGGCUUGCGUUGGAAGUCGCUGGAAAGAGCGACGACACCGUCUCUGAGCUGGCGCGGGCGUUGAUCGAAGGAACCGAGGACACGGUUGAAAUAAACGAAGACGAGAACGAGAACGAGAACACGGAUGAGUACGAGGGAAUCCGGCCUGCCGGACUACGGUUACGCCGAGUGUUCAAAUAG